GUCACGCGGCGGCCGCCGCCAUCUUGUGCGGCCGCCAUCUCCUGGCCCGCCGCGCCCGCGACUCACCGUUUUCGUCAAAUAAAGACAUAAACCCAACGCUGCUCGCCCGGGACUGGGAUGAAGAGAGGCGCGAUUUAAACCCGAGUCCGAGUCCAAGGAAGCGGAGGCGAAGCGCAGCGAGGAGCGGCCGGGCCAGGUGCCGCCGCCGAGCAGCGGGGAGGGGCUGUCCCAGCGACGUCCGCGGUCCACACCCGUCAGCGCCGGAGCCUGGCGACCUGGCGCGGAGAGACGGCGCCGUGAGCCGCGGGCGGGUCGGGGGGUGCGCCUUCCCCGCCAGCCAGCGGCCCGCGGGGUCGAGGGGGCGGGGAGCACCGGGCAGGGGGCGCGGGGCCGCCGCCCCACCACCGGACUCACCUCUGGAAUGUUCUCGCUCUGACUGAACAACGCCGCCGCCGCGCUCAAGCUACCCUCGGCCCCAGCGUCCGCCCCCCCGCGUCAGGCCUCACUGCCCAUUGGCUGGAGGUCUGCCACAGCUCGCUCGUCAUUGGCUCGGUUGCGACGUCAAUCGCGUCUCUCCGUGCCCCUUCUGCUUCCUGAGGCUCCACUCGCGGCCUCGGCCCGCCUCCAGUCCCGGCCCCGCUUCCUUCCUCUCCCUUCCCCCCGCCUUUCCCAGAGGUCUUCGCGUCGCAGUGUUCGGGUCUCGCGAGAGCCAGAGUGUCCCUGGUGGCGGGGCCGGGAUGCAGGACUCCGUGCCUUGUCGCUUUGGGCUUUGCGGGGAAGAUGGCGGUUGGUUCCUUCCCCCGCCGGGUCUGGGCCAGGCCGCGGGGUCACGGCGACUCCUGGAACGCAGUAGCCAUCGUCCUGGAAACCGCUCUCGCGGCCGUGUUAUUGCGGCCGCCACCUUCGGGGAGAGGAGCCCUACCGCGUUCUCUCCGCGGUGGGCGCUCGUCUGCCUGCCCCGUCCUCCCGGGACGCCCGUCUUCGGGCCUCGAGCAAUGAGUUGUUUUUCCACCCUAAGCCCAGGCUUGGGUCUUUCAUCCCAGGGCUGUCUUCUCUUUUGGACUAGGGUGGAUUGGCCGCUGGCGGAACGAGCCAGUCACUGCCCAGGGCGGUCGCGAGGCCGCGCCGCCUCGGUGCCGGCCCACACCCCGGCCUGCGCGCUUAGCUCAGAGCGUCGCCUCCCGUUUUCGGAAGAGCAGGCCCUUAAUUGGUUUGGAAUCCCGGGGCCUCCUGAAGGCGCUUCGUGGUGGGUUCCCACCUUCUGGUGAAGGCCUCCCUGCGUUCCCAGGCUUGAAAAGCGCUGUGCUUCACGCUUCUCUAUCACCUUGCUCCUAGUGGGCAUCACCUCGAGUCCACCCCUCCAGUUUAUGACUUGUGAAUUCCUUGACAGGCAAAUCGUAGCCCAGAGCAGGCGUUUAUAAUGAGAUUCCAGUGUAUUCCGUUGAAAAUUAGUUAGGCCGGUCGCGGUGGCUCAUGUCUGUAAUUCCAGGACUUUGGGAGGGCUGAGGUGGGCGGAUCACCUGAGGUCAGGAAUUUGAGACCAGCCUGGCCAAUAUGGUGGAACCCCGUCUCUACUAAAAAUACAAAAAAUCAGCUGGGCGUAGUUGUGCGCUUGUAAUCCCAGCUACUCGGGAGGCUGAGGCAGGAGAAUCCUUGAACCUGGGAGGCCCAGGUUGCAGUGAGCCGAGAUCACACCACUGCACUCCAGCCUGGAAAACAGAGUGAGACUGUCUCCAAAAAAAAGAGAAAAUUAUUAUUUAGAGAGAGGCUCUCAUAUUUUAGUUCUGUUGAAACUCUCGCAUUCUUUCUGAAACUUGGAUUUUGUUGUGAAAACUUGAGACUUAAAAACGCAUCCAUAGUUCUCCCUGAAGUUUGAAGACCUCACUUAGACUGUUUAGAGUGAGAGCCCCGCUAACCUGCACUCUGGUCUCAGGUGCAGUCAUCGGGAAGUCCUGAGCGGCCGUGCAGGUUUCCCGAUCUGGAAAACAGCAAUGUUGCUGAGGACAGGAUGAGGUAGAUAAGGGGCUGCCCUUUGUUUUAGACCAGUUGCAUUACCACUGAGGUUAGAAUUGGCAGCUAUGUUGAUUUUUAUCAAAAUCCAAGAUCGUGUUUCCAUGACUUAAAAGGUUUAUAAACAAAAUCGGCAAUAUUGGUGGGAAGAAAAAAAAGGCACGAUCCAGAAUUGAGAGGUGAUUUGUGUCGUUUAGGACAGGGACUUUUGUAAUCCUGCGGUGUGUACCCUGGUGUAUAGUUAAGCCAAAUGCACAGUGCCUUAUGAGUACCAGGGUUCUCAUCAGACAAACUAGAAAAGGGGAUCCCAGACAUGCUGCUGCUGUUUUCACUGUGGAGCAUGACUUAGCAAUAUUGAAGCAGAUCUGAGUUUUUGCUUGGCAGCACACAAAUGACGUUGUUUUAGAAACUCUGUUGGAAAGUAUAGGCGUGAAACUGGUUUGAGGUAAGAGGCCUUCCUUUUCAGUAAAGUUUUAAUAAUAAAACACGAAGGAAUUAGCUUUUUCGUAUGUUUAAUGGCACAAUUUUUAAUUUCAUUGAAGUCUCUAGUAAUUUUAAUUGCUUUUAAUAUGUGUACCACUCAUUUGUAUGCAACCAUGAACAACUUUAAAAAAUUAGUUUUGUGUUCUUUUUCUCCCUUUUAGUUAAUACAUAAUAAUUACACAUUUGCAGGAUACAAAGUGACAUUUCAGUACAUGUAUACAAUGUGUAAGGAUUAAAGCAGAGUAACGAGCAUAUCUGUCACCUCAGAUUUUAAUCAUUCGUGUUGGGAACAUUCAGAAUUCUCUCUUCUAGCUUUUCGAAAAUAUACAAUAGAUUGUUGUUAAGUAUAUUCACCCUGAAAUACUACAGAGCACUAGAACUUACUGAGCUGUAAUUUUGUAUCAAUCUCUCCCUUUCCUCCUCUCCCAUUACCCUUCCCAGCUUCUAAUAAACCACAAUUCAACUCUC